GAUAGACGAAAAAAAGUGAUCAGCAUGUAUCUCCAAUACUCAACAAUCUUGGCUCUAUUCCUCUUGUAUCUUGCAGCAACAACUCAUGCAAAGGAUGAUCAGUUUUUUGAGUGUGUCGACAUCUACAAACAACCCUCAUUGCAACAUCCUUUACUGAAACACCACAAACUCCAUAUUACAAUGAAUUCAACAAGGAGAAGUACUAUAUGUCCGAGAGGGAUGGUCCCGAUCCAGAAACUUCGAAACAACGUCAACAAUUUCAAUGCUCAAUCUAGAGUAGUAAAUUGGGCGACACUUGACACAAAAGCUGGAAGUAAAAAAUACCAUGGAGCGAGCGCAGUCAUAAGCAUACAUAAACCAACGUUCCGUGGCAAAGCAACAAGAAGUCAGAUUUGGAUUGAGAGUAGAGCUCCUCAAGGACUCAACUGCAUUAUGGUUGGUUGGGCGAUCGAUCCAGAGUUUUAUGGUGAUAACAAUACUCGUUUCACGACUUAUUGGACGAACGAUGGAUUUCAGAGAACGGGGUGUGCAAAUACAGUAUGCAAAGGAUAUAUACAACACUCUCCAGAAUUGUAUCCAGGCAAAACUUUUGACCACGUCUCUGCUUAUGGUGGUCACCAAGUAACUGCAAGUCUAUCUGUUAUUCGGGAUGGACCUACGGGGAAUUGGUUGCUAAUGAGUAAUGGUGCUCUAGUUGGAUAUUGGCCUAAGGAACUCUUCUCACAUCUAGGACAGGGAGCUGAUACAAUCCGUUACGGCGCGGGUACCGUUGGUGGUGCUCCGAUGGGCAACGGGAAGUUUCCAGAUAAAUGGAACGAUUUAAGUAAGUCAUCGUAUUUUAAAGACAUAAAGUAUGUUGAUGCCAAUUUGAAGAGCACUCCCAUCAGUGAGUUGGAGAUGGUUGUUAAUACGCCAAACCCCAACUGUUAUAAGUUGAAUUAUUUGAAAGAUAAACAAACCAUUACUUAUGGUGGUUCUUGCCCCUAAUUAUAAUUAAAUCUCUCUUUAUUUAUAAAUAAAUAUAUAUAUAUAUAUAACAAUUCUCAAUAUGUGAUUGUAAUAAUUUUCUCAUCCCUUGUUUUAUCUUUAA